GUGUAACUCAUUUUGGGACUUCACCAAAAUACCUCGAGACACUAAGGCGAGCAGGUACCCGGCCACGAGAUUUGUUCAAUCUCGAAGCCUUGCAGGUUGUCAGUGGCACUGGAAUGAUCUUCCCAGAAACCUUGUUUGAGUGGUUCUAUGACGAAGGGUUCCCAAAACAUGUACGAGUGAACAAUAUGUCAGGCGGGACGGACAUUGCCGGAUGCUUUGGCCUUGGCAACACUCUAACCCCCGUGUACUCCGGUGGUUGCUCUGGUCUUAGUCUAGGAACCCCAGUCGAGGUCUAUGACAGCGAAGUACGAGAAGGUAAUAACACGGGACGUCCGGUGCCUGAUGGUAUUCCUGGAGAGUUGGUGGCAACGGCAGCGUUUCCCAACAUGCCAGUUAGUUUCUGGGGUCCAGGAGCAGCCAAGAAGUAUCACGAAGCUUACUUUGCCCACUUCGAUGAUGUCUGGACUCAUGGUGACUUCAUCAUGAUUCAUCCUGUAACAAAGCAGUUGUUCUUUCUCGGUCGAUCUGAUGGAAUUCUGAAUCCAUCUGGAAUUCGCUUUGGCUCAGCAGAGAUCUACAACAUCAUCGAAGAACAGUUUAUGGCGGAGGUUGAAGAGUCGCUUUGUGUAGGACAACGACGACCGACAGACAACGAUGAGCGUGUCUUCCUGUUCCUCAAACUGAGGAAAGGAAAGAGCCUUACAAAUGAACUUGUCAACAGGGUCAGGGACGCUAUUCGCGAGGGACUCAGUGCUCGUCAUGUCCCAAAGUUCGUCUUCUCAACGCCGCAGAUUCCAGUAACAAUAAAUGGUAAAAAGGUUGAGAUGCCAGUGAAAAGGAUCAUUUCGGGAGAGAGGAUUCAACCGUCUGGAACUUUGGCUAAUCCAGAAAGCCUGGAAUACUUUUAUCAAUUUGCAGAGGUUGGUAACGAGAAGGGGAGUAAAUUGUAAAGCUAUCUGGAAGCAUAAGCUCUAUAACCUGUAUUUGAUAUUCCCUUUCGGAACAUAGUAUAGUUGUGCAACUUUCAGACAAUAUAAACCGGGAUGCGACUUGCAUAAGCAUCACUUUUGCUGAUUUGAAUAUCCAUUUUGUGAAAAUCAUGCAAUUGUAACCAGCACAGCAUACGGAACAGAAGAAUGCACCAAGCCUCGUUGACCUCGUUAUCUCCAAACCUUCCGACAGGCUUGGGGCGACUCGUGCUUAUAUCAUC